CGGCUCAAACUCCGGUAGGCUACCACCCGAAGCCAAGAGAGGAACCACGAAAUUUCCACGAACAAACACCCCAAAUUCCAGGCAGUAAUUUUUCCGGAAUCAAAAAUCGAAUGGAAAAACAAAAAUUAAAACAAGAGAAAAACAAGGCGUAGGCAAAGUGGCAAACCACGAAUCGAAGAAGAGCUUCUCCUUCCCUUUCCUCCUCCAUUCCAACCUUCCAACCCAACAACCUCAACCCUCCUCCCUCAGUAUCCCCCCAAGAACGCGAGGAGCCGAGUCCGUACUAGGCCCAGGUCAUCUUUUGUUGUAGAGGCGAUGCAGACGGCGGCGGCGGCGGCGGUGGCGUGGGCGCCGAGCCCAUCGCCGUCCACCUCCACCUCAUCGCCGCCCCCCUUCAAGGUGGGGAUCGCGUCGCCGUGUGGGACGGCUGCUCACGCCUCCUCCGCGCCGAGGUUGGUUGCUGCGGCCACUCACCGGGGGCGGCGGCGGCAGCAGCAAGUGGUUAAGGCUAUUGCCAACCCAGACCCAGCAGUUGAGCUGCCAUUGACAGCUGAAAAUGUUGAGAUUGUAUUGGAUGAAGUUCGACCAUACCUUAUGGCAGACGGAGGAAAUGUUGCAUUGCAUGAAAUUGAUGGGAAUGUGGUGAGGUUGAAGCUGCAAGGAGCAUGUGGAUCAUGCCCAGCUUCAGUAACAACAAUGAAGAUGGGUAUUGAGCGACGCUUGAUGGAGAAAAUUCCUGAAAUUGUUGCUGUCGAGCCCAUUGCUGAUGAGGAGACUGGCCUUGAGUUGAACCAGGAGAAUAUUGAAAAGGUACUCGAUGAGAUUAGGCCAUACCUUUCUGGCACAGGAGGUGGUGAGCUUGAAUUCGUUGCGAUCGAGGAACCUAUCGUCAAGGUUAGGCUUACGGGCCCAGCUGCUGGUGUGAUGACAGUUCGCGUUGCCCUAACUCAGAAGCUCAGAGAAAAGAUACCUAAAAUCGCAGCUGUCCAGCUAUUGUCGUAAGCCUGAAAACAUUUAGAAAACAACCCCUGCAAUGUAAAUGUGCCGCUACAAUAAUCGCCAGGAAAGAUUGUAAUGGGCUUAAAGCUUUGUAACCUGUUACUCUAUUCUACUUGAACUACGAAUAGUGAUCAUCAAUAUGAAAUGUUGUAAGGGUGUUCCUACUGGAUUUAUUUACAAAAGGUUUUGGGCUUCUAUGAUUUUGUCUGUACAAUUUGUGAAUAUCACUCUUUUAUUUGGAAGUUCGUUGAAAUAGAAAAGGGCACUACAAUUUUAAUUUCA